AUGUCAUUAUCAGGAUCUGUUCGUCAACCAAGUGACUCGCAGAAAGAUGGAAGGAGUGAACAAGCCAACCCCGCAGAACAUGACAAGUCAAACAGCGGGACGGAAGAUGUGAAUCCGUCUGAGCUUGAAACUCGCACUGGAGGUCAGAUCGAAGAGAGAAAUGCUGACGAAAGAGGAUCGCAGCCGGCUAAGAUAGAGCCCAACACGAAAGUUGACCCUCCCUACUGUGCCCUCUCCGAGCGCAGGAAGGUCUCAGUGAUGCUUACUGCAUCGUUCUCUGGCAUUAUAUCCCCAAUAUCUGCCAGUAUCUAUUAUCCAGCGAUUCCCUCCCUUGCGAAAAACAUGCAUGUCUCCAUAUCCCUGAUCAACUUGACCAUUAUGACAUAUUUGAUAUUUCAAGGAAUUUCGCCUUCUUUCACUGGGUCCUUCUCUGAUGUUUAUGGACGACGACUCGCCUACAUUUUCUGUUUCACCACAUACAUCGCGGCGAACAUCGGCCUUGCGUUACAGUCUGAUUACGCCGCAUUAAUGGUUUUGCGUUGUAUUCAGGCGGCUGGUAGCAGUGGCACAAUCGCCAUUGGGAGCGCCGUGGUAGCAGAUAUAUCUACUCGAGCUGAACGAGGAAAAUACAUAACAUAUGCGACCAUGGGAACGACCCUGGGGCCAGCAUUAGGGCCUGUCAUCGGAGGUCUCCUAGAUCACUUUCUCGGCUGGAGGUGGAUCUUCUGGUUCCUUGUUAUCUUAGGCGCCUUCAAUUUCACUCUUAUUCUUGUGACAUGUCCGGAAACGUGCCGUGCAGUUGUGGGAAAUGGUUCUAUUCCCCCUGCCAGUUGGAACCGACCUUUGUGGGCAGUGCUGAGAGAAUCAGCGUGGCCUCGGAAGAACAAGUCAGAAAAGAAGAUCUACUACGAAACCCUCGAAAAGAGCAGAAAACGCCCGAAUCCACUAACAUCCGUGCAUAUUGCUUUGGAAAGAGAGGGAGGCUUAGUUCUCAUCUACGGGGCACUGCUAUAUGCCGGGUACAUGAUCAUACUGAGCACGUUAACAUCACAGCUCGAGAGCGAGUAUGGAUUCAACGCUAUCCAGGUCGGACUGUGCUACCUACCGCUAGGAAUAGGAAGUCUGACAUCCCGCUGGACUGUCGGACCGCUACUGGAUUGGAAUUUCAAACGGGAAGCCAAGCGCCAAAACCUACCUAUUGUCAAGAAUCGCCAGCAAGAUAUCCGAGACUUUAACAUUGAAAAGGCCCGUCUGACUAUCACAUUGCCUUAUGUGUACGCUGCUUGUUUGUUCCUUCUUGCGUACGGAUGGGUCAUGAGACUCCAAAUUUAUCUUGCAGUCCCCUUGGUGUUGUUGUUUUUCUCGGGCCAUCUCACGACGGGGGCGUUUUCGACUCUAAGCACGUUGAUUGUUGACAUUCAUCGACAGAGUGCGGCAACCGCUGUGGCCGCUAAUAACUUGUUUCGGUGUUUACUUGCGGCGGGAGCGACGGCUUUCGCAGCACCCCUGAUCGAUCGUAUUGGCAUUGGCUGGACGGCUACAUUCAUUGUGGGGGUUUGGAUUGUGUUCAGUGCGUGUCUAUGGGCAGUCUAUCUCUGGGGACAUAAAUGGAGAGAAGGAUUGCACAUCAAAAGGAGCGAGAAGGAUGGUGUAUCCGCAUAG